AGUAGAAAAUAAGGGCUUACAGGCGCCUAGCUCUGCGCAGAAACAGCAAUCAAUAUAGCCGUAUAGAGCGACUAUAUAGCGCGCGCCGACGCAGUUAUCCGUACAGCCUCCUCUUCAUCCUGCUCCUCUUUUACUGUGUGUUUUUUUAAAUCACCGUAUAUUUGUGCCCUCUAUAAUAUCGGAUAGUUCGCCUUUUACCGGAUUCCUGAUGUCGUCCUUAAGUAAGGCCUGCUUGGAAAUUUCGAACAGUAUUAAGGGCUUCCGACUCAGCCGUAGCCAGUCAUCAGAAUCUGGUACCAGCAGCAGGGAGAGUAUGCUCAGUGUUCGCUCAGCUACCAAUUCUAUAUCGAGGGUCUUUAAAUCAGCGACGUCGCGUGUCAGGGGUGGAUUUGACCAGCAGCAACCAACAGCCCCCCCGCAACGUCAACGGCCCCCCUCCGCUAGUCGAUACUAUGACAAGGCCAUGCUGGCAUUGGCCUCCAACUAUCCUAGAACAGCUAAGGACCUACUGCAGGACGGAACCUUCCUGACAAAGUUUUUUCGAUAUUUUACGCCGAUAGAGAGGUGUUUACUCGGACAAGUAUGUAUAGCAUGGAAGAAUAUUCUAUACGAGAGAGGCUGGUGGAACGGUAUUCUCGUUGUUAUAAGGUGUAAAGAAUCACCUCUCGACGAAAGGGAAAAGUUAUAUAGAAGUCUGUCUCAAAGAGCGAUAGAUUCUAUAUGCCUAAUGCACGCUACCGACGCUGAUAUGGAACAUCUAAUCAUUAAUGUUCCCUCCCAAUUGAGAAGCGUCUCCCUCAAGCAAUGUAACAUUACAGAUAGUGGUUUAGAGAUGCUACUCGCCAAAUUACCAUCCAUCUACCGAUUAGAAUUAGUGGGUUGCAACGAAUUGACGGAGGCCGGCUUUUGGAGUUCAUUAACUUCAAGUGUUAUAUCCUUGACGGUAGCCGAUUGCAUCAAUUUUGCCGACGACGCCGUGGGCGCAGUAUCUCAAUUGUUGCCUUCCUUACACGAAUUCAACUUGCAGGCCUAUCAUGUUACUGACGCAGCGUUAGCCUAUUUUACGUCGAAACAAAGUAAUACCCUAUCAGUUUUAAGACUAACAUCUUGUUGGGAACUGACAAACCACGCGGUUGUAAAUAUUGUUCAAUCUUUACCUAAUUUAACCGUCCUUAGCCUCUCUGGCUGUAGCAAAAUAACCGAUGAUGGUAUAGAAAUAGUGGCCGAAACCCUUAAGAACUUGAGAAUCCUCGAUCUUAGUUGGUGCUCGAGGAUAACUGAUUCAUCCCUCGAGGCAAUAGCCUGCGAUUUGAACUUGGAUGAAUUGACUUUAGACAGGUUAGGCGUCUAUUAUUGUUGUUAAACGUCCCUUGUGGUGUAAUCUUUUUAAGAGAUGUCUUAAUAAUCUAACCAACACAGGUGUACCCAUGUUACGGAUAUCGGAGUAGGUUACUUGACUUCAAUAAGGAUGCUGAGUAGGUUAUAUUUAAGAUGGUGUAUACAAAUACGUGAUGCCGGUGUCCAACACUUUUUAUCAAUGAAAUCGCUCAAAAUCCUUUCAAUUGCAGGUUGUAGUCUUAUAAGCGCAAGGAGCCUAACUGGUAUAGCUCAGAUCAGACAACUGCAAGAAUUGGAAUUGACGAAUUGCGCUACUGCAACGACAGAGGUGAUAGCUUACCUGCAGAAUGCUUUACCUCAUUGUGAAGUCAUACGAUAGGAAAAAAUCCCUCUCACAUCAGAAUCAGUCUACAGUAAAAAUACAUACAGUAUAUCCUUUUAACCAUUAAAAACUCUUUAGGCCUAUACAUACGAUAUAUAUAAAAGUGUUAUAUUGCAGGACCUUUUGUAAAUUUUGUGAAAUAUAAAUUGCAAACUGUGUCUCAAUGUGUCUCUAGUGUUGCCUUUGUUUACUGCAAAGUUUACACAUGUUUGCAUUGUAAUUUAAGCCGUGUCCUGCAGAAUGUAUACAUGUAUAAUUAAUCAGCACAUACAUGGAUAUAUAUAUAUAUAUAUAUAUUCUGACAUAUGUGUAACAAAGUUACCUUAUUAUCAGCAUACAACAUAUACUCAAUGUAUAUAUACUGUAUAUGUCUAUUUAAAAAUCUAGAAUCAGGACAAUGGAGUUUUCCAUUCGAAAAGAUAAAAGAAAGAACGAAAUUUUUGGUGGCACAUCAUUUGCAUAUAAAGUAAUUAUUGUUGCACUAACUUUAUGUACUAUUUUUAUCCCAACUGCAAAAAAAAACGAUGAAAAGGAAAAAAAUACACUGAAUAGAUGCAAAGAGUUUGUAAACAUACUGAAAGGAG